CACAAAUGCACGGGCGGCGGCGGAUCGGCACAUCGAGGGAGAAGAAAAGGACCGCGCAGGUGGGCGCGCAGCCUCAACCAUGGCUGGUUCCCCCUGUCUGGACGAACUGCAGCUGAGGAAGCUGAAGGACCACUAUGAGGCCCAGAAAGCCGAAAGCUCUGCCUCCAAGAUCCAGGAGUUGGUGGACUGUGUGACCAGCCUUCAGGUCCAGGUUGGGAUCCUGGGCGAGCGUGGCGCUGGGGUGACCACGCUGAUCCAGGCUCUGCUGGACAAGCCACGCCGGGUGACGGAUCCCUGGGCUUACUUCCGGGAAGCACCGCAGCCCACACAGCAGCCGGUUGCCCACUGCCACCCCACAUACCCCAACCUGACUCUGCACGACCUGCCGGGCUUCCAAGUAUCUGAGAAGGCAGCUGCCUACCUGAAAAGCUUGGGCGACCUCAGCAAAUACAGCUGCUUUGUGGUGGUGGUGGGGAAUGGCGGCCUGAGGGAGACCCACCUGCAGAUCCUCAAGGCUAUCAAGCAGAAGGGCAAGCCCUUCCUCCUGGCCCGCACCAAGGUGGACCUGGACCUGCACACAGCUGAGCGGCGGCUUCGGUUCCGCUACAGCGCCACUGAGCAGCUAGGACUGAUCCGGAAGGAGCUGGUCAAGGAUGGGAUGGACAGCAAGACGGUUUUCCUGGUGUCUGGGCUGGAGCCGGAGAAAUACGAGUUCGACUGCUUUGAGGACCGCCUGGAAGCAGAGGUGCUCAACUUGAAGAGAAGCCAUGACGGAAACCUCGAGGACUUGGCGGCAAUGAGUCAGAAGAAGAUUACGGAGCUGUAUGAGAUUUGCCAGUCUGGCAGCUUGUCUGAUGUCCCAGCUGUGCUCCAUUCAGCUUUGGAGAACCCUACCCAAAUCCGGCUGGAUGUAGCUGUGAUAGGCGAAGCUGGUUCUGGGAAGUCCUCGCUAGUCAAUAGCCUGAGAGACGUGGGGUGCGGGGAGCCAGGGGCAGCCCCCACUGGGAUAACUCAGGCCACGAAGAAAGCCACUCCCUACCUUUUCCCCGCUGUCCCCAACUUGUACCUGUGGGACCUGCCGGGAGUCGGAGUGGAGGAGGAGGAUAUAAGCCGCUUGGACCUCAGCUGCUACGACUUCUUCCUACUGGUGGCCUCUGAGCGUUACAAGCACGUCCACAGCUGCCUGGCCAGGGCCAUUGUCUCCGCAGGGAAGCAGGCCUUCUUUGUGAGGAGCAAGACUGACGUGGAUAUGGAGUCCCUCCCUGGAAGCCAGGCCAAGCCCACAGAGGAGCUGGAGGAGCUGCAGGAAGAGAUGCGGAAGAACUGUGUGGAUGCUCUGAAGAAAGAUGGCAUGGACUCUCCACGCGUCUUCUUGGUCUCCUGCCUCAGAAAGCAAACCUAUGACCUUCCUCUCCUCCAGGAAGCCCUCAAGAACAGCGCUACAGACCUGAAGAAAAAGGUUCUGAAGCAAGUCAUCCCAACCGUCUUGUCCCGACUGGUGAGGCGGAAGUCCAAAGUGCUGAUGAAGGAUGUGUGGGGAAAGGCCCUGCACAUAUGCCUCUUCUGUGUGGAAAACCCCAAGGCAGCUGUGGCCGAGAACAUCAUUGCGACCAUCACUGGCUUCUGCACAGUCCUCGGCCUGGACGAAGCGUCCUUGGGGCGCAUCGCACAGGCCUGCAACACAGCGGUCCCGCAGCUUCAGGCCCAGGUCCAGAGCCGCUUUGCUAAGCCGCUGGACUCCGACUACGUGCUCAGUCUCAUCACCAAGCCGACCUCGCUGAUCGACCGGGCGUGGGGCUACGUGCCGUACUGGGGACAGGGGAAAAAGGCGGAGCCAGGGAUCUCCUUUGAGUCCACAUACGGCAUGUUGCAGCAGGUUGUGGUGGAGCUGUCUGAGGAUGCCAAGAAGGUGCUGACGAUGGCAUUUGUGAAGGAUUAGAGCUGGGAUGUGGCAGCCGUAGCAACACCCACAUCCUCUCUUUACAGCAUCACCUAUCGAGGAUAAAAGAACAAGAGAACUAUCCCGGAGAUGAAGGAUUUCUCAGCAUGGUGUCCUGACACACACGUUAAGACUGAAACAGGAAGCAUCAAGCACCUGAAGUUCUAUGCCUUCACUGAGGUGGGUGACGCCAUUCUGACCUUUUGAGCCCAGGAAUUGGAUGCAGAAGCAGAGGCCUGGCCCUUGCUCAGACAGGAAGCCAUCCACCAGUUGUACCGCAUCACCAUCACUUGCUAGUGCUGGAGGGAGCCCAUGGAACUCAGCAUUCGUCUGUACACAGAACGAGACCUGCAUGCUGGAACUUUGCUGCCUGGCAUGCUAGUUUUCUGUGUGCAGGGAGAGAGCUGGCUUGCUUGCAGUAAGUACCCCAGUACAGCAGAGUUCUCCACCCCGAGCUGCACAAGAGAGUAGCUGGUAGCUCUGGCCUCUCCCAUACCAAACCUGACUGGUGGGAUGGCGGAGAGCAAGGCGCUGUCUGCUCCAGCAGCGGGACAGUGCAAGCCCUGGAGGGACACUCGGAAGGCACCCUUGGAACCUGCCGGUGCCACUCAGCUCGCACUGGGAAGGUGACCUCCUGAGUCAGCAAGCUGUUCAGCCCAGCUGUGUAUGGAGAGACCUGCUGGCUCUUUACAGGGCGAGAGCCACCAUCUUUUCCUGUUGGUACAAGAGACAGAAGAGGCAUCACCAACUGUGGCAUUUUGAUUAAUUGUAGGUAUAUGGCAUUUUGAUUAAUUGUAGGUAUCUCUAUGAGCAGCUGCCAUAAUCCCUUACUAAUUGUUUGUACAAAAAUAGGGUGAUACCUCUAGGGUGGAGCCAGAACAACUGUUUCUUCAUGGGGCCUCCUUCCCAGCGUUUACGCGUCUAGCAGCAAUGUACUUUUGCAACUCCGGAAUCAGGGCUUUGGCUGAUGCGGUUACAGCUAUCAGUUUCCUAUCCAAUAAAUAAGCAUGUAAACCCAUGGGAAAUGUUGUAUCGGGGGCAGCAGGAAUUUCAUUCUGGGGGAAAUUCUCUUUACUUGGUUAUUGUCACCAGACCUGUUGAUUGGUCUCAAAAUAAUAUAAAAAUAUGUAAAAAUCA